AUGAGUUCGUGUGAUACGAGCAAACGCACCGUCGAGGACGACCACGACCCGGAGUUGAGCAGGACGCGUCGCAGGACAGGAGACACCCCCGAAGCCUCCACUAUCCCCGCCAGAAGCCGUCGAGACUGCGUGAAAGACCCGGAUUUCUUUCGCCCAGACGGUGAUUGCGUUAUUUCUAUCGAUGCUACACUUUUCAAGAUUCAUCGAUAUCUGCUCAUCCGCAACUCAUCUGUCUUUGCCAAUAUUUUCACGCUUCCAACGGACGCGUCUCUGGAAGACCCCGACUCUGUGUCGGAAGAGAAUCCGCUCGUUCUAACGGACGACAUUGCCGACUUUCGAGCACUUUGCUGGGCGUUGUACGCCUUGCCGACGGAAUUCCAGGAGUACCAAUACAAGACCAUGCGGAUAGUCGACCUCAGCCGAAUAGUCUCCCUUCUCGCCAUAGCGAACAAAUACCAGUUCGCGUCGUACGAGAAGUGGUCGCUCGAGAUUCUCAUCAAGCACAAAGAUGCACCACUAGACCCGCACGCCACGGAAGGCCUGCCUAGUGCUCUCCUCGAAAGGCUGCUGCGCCUGAGUGUCAUCUGCGAGGCACCGGCCCUGCAGGAGAAUGUUCAAGACAUGUGGAUCGAAGUUCUUCGUGCCAGGAAUUCGGAGGAUGGCUCUGCGCGGAUUGCACUUGAUGUAGGGGAGCAACUGAACCUGAGGCAAUUCCAAGGCAGAGUGUACUACCAGCUGUCCGCAGAGAUGGAGCGUCAGCGCCGUGCCUCAGGAUUAUCUGUUUACCAUCCCCCAGAACAAAACCUCUCUCCAGAGCAGCAAAUGUGCCUCUUCCGCGGUUCUUGGUCAGUGGGACAGUAUGUCAAUGGGGUUAUGAAGGACUUGAUCAACCCUGCCUUUCCUCGGUUUGACGACAUCGACUGCGACGAAAAAGAGCACAGGAAGACAUGUCGGCCCCAGUGGCAACCCAUCAUGGCCAAGGCCCUCCGCAAGCUGACUUCCUUAGACCCUCUGGAGGCGCUGGGGACAAUGGUCAGCGCGACAGACUCGUUGCCCUUCUGCUUGUAUAGCUUUUUUGCUAGUCGUGAGGAGGAACUGCGAUCCGAGUUGGAGAACCAUUUCCUUGGACCAGAGUGA